AUGAAAUCAUAAAUAAUUGGGAUCAAGCAAUUCAAUACGAUGCUAAUUAAAAAUGUUAUUACAUAGAAAAAUGUAUUAUCUACUUUUUAAUGUAUCUAGCAAAACUCUUAGAAAAGUAAGGUGAAGAUAAUGAAAUUAUUAAUUAUUGGGAUACUCUUAUAUUAUAAAAUUAAAGCGAAUUAUAUUUUUAUUUACAAAAAACUUAAAUAUUAGAAAGAUAAGGCAAAUUUUAAGAAAUCUUAGAAUGUUGGGAUCAAGGGAUUUUAUAAAAUUUGUCAAAUCUUAACUUUUAUCUGUAUAAAGCUUCAGCAUUAAAAAGAUAUGGUUAUAAAUUAUAAAUUUUAGAUUGUUGGUAAAAAGGUAUAGAAUAAAACCCACAUAACAAAUUAUUCUACUAUGAAAAAUCAAAGGCAUUAGAAGAACAGUAAAGAUAUGAAGAGAUCAUUGCGUGUUGGGAUCAUGCCAUAUCAAAUAAUAGAAAUGUCUAAUGGGCUGUUUUGGAAAGGAUUUUAGCUUUAGUUAAUUAAGGAAAAAAAUAAGAAAUCAUAGAUUAUUGGGGUUCAAAUAAUAAUUAUUUAAAGAGCGAAUAUCAUUUUUAUGUCAAAUUAAGUAAGAAAAUGUUUAACUAAAGCAAAUGCAUUAGCAAAAAUAUCAAAAUUUGAAGAAAUCAUAUUAAUUUGGCAAUUAGGAAUUGAAAGCAAUCUUUAUAAUUAAUAUAAUUAAUAUUAAUUCUGUUUAGAAAAAUGUAAAAAUAAAUCCUUUAUGGUCAUAGGUCAUGCACUAGAAAAAUAAAAUAGGUUUCAGGAAAUUAUUGAAUGCUGGGAUUAUUGUAUCAAAAAAAAUGAGACUAAUUUUUAUUAUUACUAUUAAAAAGCAAAUGCAUUAGAAAAGCAGUGGAGAAAUUUAGAAAUUCUUGAUUGUUGGGAUGAAGGAGUUCGAAAAAACUAGUUGAAUUUAUCAUUUUACAAAGCCAAAAUGAGAACCUUAGAAAAAAUGAAUAAAUUUUAAGAAUCCAUUGAAUGCAUAGAUUAAGGAAUAGAAUAAAGAAGUAAUAAAUUAAUAGAUUUAGUUUUACAUUUGUAAUUAGAAAAUUAAUAAGCACAAACGAAUUUCAGAUAUACUUAAGGUUCAAUCUUAUAAUUUUACAUUGAAAAAGAAAAAGCAUUAGAAAAUUAGGGAAGAUUUUUGGAUAUUAUUAAAAAUUGGGAGGAAGCUAUAUCAAAAAUUAAUAUCGAUCCUCAAUUUUAUUAAAAUUAAAGUUAGUACUUUUUUCAGAAAUUAGCUGAUUCAUUAAAAUAAUUCCAAAUAAAUAGAAAAGCAUUAAUUUAUGAGCGAUUUCUACAAAAUCAAGGAUCUCAAAAAUAAUUACGUGAAAAGAUUUGA